UUUGUGUCGUGCGUCUGCCAUGUUUUCUUACUAGAAAGGUUUGGUGCAAAAUGGCGAGAGAUUUUGAGAAUUCUUCCUCUAGGAGAGACAGAAGUCCAUCUCCAAGACAUGAACACAGGAGAACUCGGUAUCCUCGUUCAAAAUCACGCUCAAAAUCGAGAAGUCGGAGCCGAAGCAGGGAAAGAAGCGGAAGCCGUGAACGUUUUCGGUACGUGCAUUGCUAUCUCAUUUAUAGUUUAACCUGUCACUCCUAAUUUUUGCAGAUUCUUCGGGAAUCCUACGGUAAUUUAUAGAAUUAUGGAGUGUAAAGAGAAGCCAGAAUCCAGGCCACUUUGGGGCUGUGGCUUUGGACGAGUGUCAUGAUAAAGUCUCGGGGUAUCCAAUCGAUGGAAUCGAUGAUCGGAAAAGCAAUCGAUCAAUCGAUAUCAAUCGAUGAAAUUAGUUAGUUGGUCUCGAUUGGUAUCAGUCAAUCGAUGAUCAAUCAAUAACCACACAAAAAUUGUUCAGCGAUUGCUAUCAACUGGCACAGCAACCUUGAACAGACGUCAUUCAUGCUAGCUGUGAUGGGCUCCUGAUGCUGCCUGAAGCCCUAGGGAUGAAAUUGGUAAAACAAUUCCAACCCAGUCUUCUCAACGCAAAGGAUAUACCCCGUUGCACAUGUACUCGAAUAACCCACUUGCCCAUCACUGCCUUUCCGUUUCAUCCGGAGUAUUCAAUUGAUGGAAAUCGAUGAUCAGAAAACCAAUCAAUCAAUCGAUAUCAAUAACCACAUGAGUGGUCAUCGAUUAUCAAUUUCAAUCAAUUAAUUGAUAUUGAUUGGUAUUGACUGAUAUCGAUUUUCAUCGAUUGGAUACCCCGGGUAAAGUGCAUGAUCAUGCGUUCAUUCCGAAUGUUCGUUUCGUCACGACUGUUUACAUAUAAUUAUGUUUUUAUUAUAUAAACACCAGUGAAAUACCAGGUGAGAUUUUGCACGAAAGCAUGAUAUCUUCACAAGUGAAAAGAUCACCAUUGCUAUGACUACAUAAUAAAUUGCUUCUUUCACAGGAAAAAGAUAUUUAAGUCUUGUUCACUGCGUGCUGUAGUGGUGUGUAACUGCCAUCUUGAAUCACCUAACAUCUUUCAUACAUGUAGGUUCAUACAUUGAGUACUCUCCUCAGACUGUUUUGGAAAGUGGUUCUUACUUGUUAUUCAUUCUGUGUGGUCUUCAUAGACAUAAUUAGAUAACUUUAUCCCUAUUUUUUAGAAGAAGGGGUGCUGGAGCUCCCCAAGUAAAAAAUCUGGUAAAGACACUGGAACCGCUAUAACAACAUCAGCUGCAUUAGCAUUUCAGUAGUGCAAUGUAUGUUACUAUUAUUGUAAUUAAUUUUGUCAGGCAUCACAGACACAAGAGAAGACUCACCCCAGAAAGCUUUAUGGACAAGUAAGUUAAUUCUCUUGUAUUUUUUCACCACUUUUUCUAUAAUUUGAAAUUUAUUAAAAUAAUAAUAAGGACAUGUAACAUACCUGUUUGGAUUUUGUCCUUUAAACUUUUUCUCCCUUCCUUCCUUGUUGGGUGGUUAUCCACUGGCUCAAGUUACAUGUAGGACUACUUUGAAUGCUGAGCAUAUUGUACAUACAGGUCAGAGCAAACACAUGUGCUAGCUGCAACACCAUGGCAAAAUGCACUGUGUAUGAGCACAAAAUUUAACAUCCGGUCAGCUUUUUAUUUCCGGUCUAGUAUAUGAACCAAUUGCAUAAGCAAAACAUUGCCGUCGCGCCAAGUUUACAAGCAAAAAGGGAGAAGCAGACAAAAAAGGAGGCGAAAAAACUCACGUCAGUCAAUAGCUUAUAUAUUUUUCUAUUGUCAAACUUUUCCACCACAUGGUUAUCUGGUUGCACCAACGCUGAAAAUGAUGUUUGAAGUUUGUAGGUCGCGAGCGCUCGACAAGACGAAUUUGUUUUUACUGGCUUUCUUGCAUGCUACUGGUUUAGCAUGAGUUAAUAAGGCAAUAACUAAGAAAAGAAUAGCAAUACUUACUAACGAAACCACGUCUUUAUUAUCAUUAACACAAGGAACAGGAAAUAAAAGUUUAGUCCAUUCAAUAAUUUUUUUUAUUAUCAGAGAAAACAAGAACUCAAAACAAAAGAUCGGGAUUUAAUAAAAACCUUGACUUUGAUGACUGCAGUCACGAAUACCCGGAGCUUUCGGUACCGGGAAACUAAACAUGCUUAAAACGUACUUCAUUCAAGAAAAUACCUUGUUAAUUCUUACUGUGCUUACUAGCAAUUCAGUAGCAAAAUGCUGUUUCUAUAGAAACUGUAACGACAAAAAAAGAGACGUAAUUUACUGCCACUACCCCUCUGCAGUACUUAUAGCUCAGUGUCUGAAGGGGCUGGAAAAAUGACUGAAACAAAUAAAUCAAAUAACGUACAUGUACCAUAAAAAGUUUAAGAGAUAGGAAGCAAACCAUGUUCAAACCUAUGGCAGAAGAUUGGAACUCAGAACUACUGAGAACAACUCCAGCUAGUAGUCACAGCCGGACUUGAACGUGAAGAUUCUCUUUGUUUCAAGUCCAAUGCCUUAAUCUCAUGGCCAUGAUCACAACACCUACCAAAUGUUUCUCUUUUUUCACAGGCGUAGGAAAGCACGUGAAGCAAUCAGUGCUUCAGGAGUCAUUGAAGUUUGGGGUCUCUCUCCUAGAGAACCACCUCCUGAGUAAGGAGAGUUUAAUCUGUUCUUUACAAGAAUAAGCGGUUACAGUUAACUACAUGUAUAAUUUUUUGGAAGGAAACCAACUCUAGGAACACAAGUCUUCUGAACAGGGCUCCCCCUUUGGGAUAAACAUCCCCCUACUACUCCCCCCUCCCUUCUUUAGUUUCUUGUGCAUAUGCUGAAUUUUUGAGGUUAAUGUACACUCAGUGUAUAGUUUUAUAUCUUUUGCAAAAGGUUCUAAAAGUUCUGGGCUGGUGCUAAGGGCGACAGGAUUUUCCCUGGCUACCAUUAUCAUGGGCCUUGGCUAUCUUCAUAGGAGGCAAAAGGAAAAUAAAACAAAAAGAAAAUUCCAAACCAUUCAAUUUAGGGCUGCCUACCGAUAAAAUGCUUGCUUAUACCCAGCAACUUGAAAUCUUGGUGACAGCCCAGAAAUUUACAUUUAUAAGUUCCCAUAAUUAACAAUAAUUAGUGAAUGAGGCUGAGUAUCUUAUGAAGAGUUAUGGAGAUCGAGGAGGGUGUUACGGCUUCGACCGAUAACACUUAACUGUAUUUGAAACUUUAUUUGAAAAUUCUUGGAGGCCAUGUUUAAAAACUUUACUUUGACUAAGCUCACCCUCUCCAACCACUCCUUACUGCUUGCCAUAGAAUUUCUGCUUCACUUUAAUACAUGUACAUGGAAGCUGAAAAAAAAUCUUAUUCACACAUAAUAUUGUCAAAUGGUAUUGACAGCUCUGAUGAAGAGAUGAGAACUGCAGUAUCAAAUGGAAUAAAGAAUAAAGGUGAGUACAUUUGACGUUACACAGUGAUUGAAGAAUGGUAAUGAUACUGACUGGUGUCUUAACAAAAUCAACAAACCUUUAAGUGCAUUGGAACUUAAAGCUUACAGUGUACAUCUGGCCAGCUUCUGUAACAGGGGAAAAUAGCAUCAUUCAUGGCUUCAUUGUAGCUUGCCUUUUCAAAUGAGGGGAAAAGUAAAACUGAUUGGGUUAUGUUGUUGUCUCAUGAUGUCAUGACGGCCAUAUUGAUGUACCAAAACAAUGAAAGGUAACCAUGUUGGGGACCAUUAUGUCUGUGGGAUUGAUCUCUUUUCUUCUGCAAAAAGUUUCUUUCUUUUCUAAGGAAGUUGCUUAUCCUUUAUCUAUUGGCCACAACAAAUUUGUCGUGUAUCCUUGACAAAUCGAAAGUACAAUGCGAACCAGUCCAUGGAACCUUACAUUACACUGCAUUUAGUUUUUGAUUGAUGUGCUUGGUGCUGUUUCCUGAAGACAGUUGCCGAAUGAAACUUGAGAUUAACCCUUUAAGUCCCAAUGGUAACCAACAUCAAUUUUCUCCGAACAAUAUCCAUAGACUGUCAAGAGAUUAGGUUAUGAGAGUUAAUAAAAUGAUCAUCUAAGAGAAAAUGCUUUGAUCUUUUUUUUCUCAAAUUCUCAACGCAUUCUUAAAGGAAAUAUAUAGAGGUCAGUUUGGAGAAUUUGUAUGUGGAUAUUGGGGCUUAAAGGGUUAAGUGUUAAUUUUCUGCAAAGGAUUCUUCCUUGCUCGUUUUGUUUCAUGUUUUUUUGUCAGUCCAUCUCCAAUUGAGUUAUUGUUCAUAACAUGCCAGAAGAUCCUCCAUUAUUGUGGAAAUGGUUGCAGGAAAUUUGCUCCUUAUUCUACAGGACCUUCUAGAAUGAUGGUCUUUGAUCCAAAAUAAUUGGACAUUAUAGGAGUACUGAUUGAGGGUUGAAAUCCUCACCUGAGAUAUGAAAUGACCCAGUCAUUAUGUAAACAUGGUAUGAAACCAAAAAAUCAUCCCGGUAUGAAACUCGAUUGUGCUGGUGCGUGUUUUCUCACGUAAACACCCGCUUAUGUUCCUUUCAUUGCAAUCCGUGAGUGAAUGAUGGAGACUUGUAAGGUGGUUCUAACUUUUGAGUCUGCAGAUGAAAUCCAAUGGUGUGACGAUUCAAUUGAAAUCUUUUCAGCAAUAAGUUUUCAUGGUACACUGUGUUCUUUUGUUUUUUGUUUGGAAAUUGUGUUGAAAUUUGACUCUGGUCACAAUUGGGAUUGAAAUGGUUAAGACCCUCAGGACAAGCUCAAGUGAUGUUGUAUUCUUAACUUCAAAGAGUCAUGAAUGCCAGUGCUCGAUUGGUUUACUGCGCACCUAAGUACUGUCACGUUACUCCUUUGCUAAGAGAACUCCACUGGCUACCAGUGCGCUUGCACGUAGAUUUUAAGAUUCUCCUUGUUACAUUUAAGAUUCUUCACGGUGUUGCGCCUAGCUAUCUUAAGGAUCUUGUCUCUGUCUUACCGGACUCACGUUACCAACUACGCCGUAACAAUAAUGGUAUAUUAUUAGAAAGACCUCGGCUAAGAACGAAGAAGACUUUGGGAGAUCGCGCGUUAUCGAUGGCUGCCCCCUUUUUAUGGAACAGUCUUCCUCUGCCAAUAAGACAGGAAACAUCAAUCAACUCUUUUAAACGCUCUGUUAAAACAUAUUUAUUUAAAAAGGCUUUUAGUUAGAUUAUUUACUUAUUUAUUUAUAUAUUUUUAAAUAUUGUAAUUUUACCGGGUAAUUUUACUGGUUUUUAAUUUAGUUAUUAAUAAUAUUGUAAUGCGCUUUUGAGUAUUUUUAUAGAAAAAGCGCAAUAUAAGUAUUAAAUAUUAUUAUUAUAAAUAUAUUAUUAUUCUUGUAUCAGGGCAGAGAGGCCAAAAACCACACCCUGUGUAGCAAAUUGUUCCCUUUUUAGCUCCACUCGCAGCUGAUACUUUUAUUACAUUUACACUCGUUACAUGUAGGUGUUUUAGCCGAUAGUGAAAGUGAAGAUGAGAGCAGCGAAGAUGAAAAAAGGAGAAAAAAGGAAAAGAAGUCCAGCAAGAAAAAGAAAAGAAAAUCACGUCAUAAGAAGAAAAGGUGACAAUAAGUUUAAUGAUUUAAAUUAUUACCUGCGUCAUACAAUGUCUAGAUGCUUUGAUCUACUAUCUGAGGUCAGUUAUAAAUUGGAAAGUUAGAUAUAUGUAAGUCUCACAGAGUGCACAUUAUUUUUCAAUGUGACUUGGACCAAAGCAAAUCUGUAGACUUACCCACAGGGUGCAAAAUGCAAGGUUAAGUAAGUCAAACUAAAACUUCGAGAAGUCCACCAGAAAGACUCAGUACCUGGUAUGCUAAUUUACAAUGUUGGGGUGUAUAGAGAGUCAGUUGUACAGCUUGCCAUUUGGGCAAGCUGUAAUUUACAAACUGUACUACAGCAUGUACUAGCCCAAGAGUCAUUUUAACCAGCCUGAAAAAAAAUUUGAUUAGCAGGAUUAAUUACUGUUCUUCUGAAUUUUAGCUUCAAAAUCCUGAUAGCAAAAUCCAGUAGCCCUGGGCUAUCGGACAUGCCUUUCUUUGUACGCUGAAUCCGUGGUUUCAAAAAGUAUCCAUACUCACCCUCUGGUGGUCAUUGGAAUUUACGAGGGGUAGCAUUCUCAUAGACUAGCGUUUUUAAAGAAAAUGAUGACCCUAUUGAAGUGGAAUUUCUUGAGGGGAAUGGGUAGGGGUAAAACAAGUAUGAAUAUUCAGUUUCUGGACCAACUUAUUGUAACAUACUGAUAAUAUUGGAAAAAGUAGUUUAGCGCUUUUGUUUUAUGUUUCGUAAUACAUUGUAUUAUUUUUAUCUUUCCAGCAAAAAGCAUCGCAAAAGGAAGACGAGGCAUAAGUCAAGCUCGGAAAGUGAAGAUGAAUCUGAAGGUAUUUGUGGCAGGGUUCGUUCCGCCCGGACGCAAGUCGAUUCACCCGGUGACAAAUAACACUUUACAACACAGUGUAUCAGAAAUAUUUUUUAGUUAAGCUUGGGUUCUACUACUGUGAUUGCUAAAAAGAGUCAAGCGACCUCGAUGAUCACAUUCGAGAAAUACUAUAAGAUUGUAAAUAAAACAAACUGAAGUCAGUGUCUUUGAUAUAUUUUUUGUGACGUGCAGUCACUGUGCACUGUAGUUCACGCUUAUUCCAUUUUUUCAAAUAAACAUCUGGCGAAUCGACUUACAUCCGGGCAAAACGACCUGCUACCUUUAGUUAGAGAUUUUUUAAAAUAGCUGUAUAACAAAACGGCAACGUUGUUGCAACCCCAUCGUUUGUUGGGGACGCGAAUUUUAUUCACAUACAUUCAUAUGCCCUAUUCACUUUAACGUACAAAAUACAUGUUUCAAACAAAUUUUCUUACUUGAAGAUGAUGUGAACUGCGGGCGUACAAUAUACUGCAGCGCUAAUGCGGAGGCCAUGUGUUCGAAUCCCGUGGAAGUCCCGAAAUUUUUUUCGGGUUUAUUUGCAAUUGCUUAAAUUGCAAUUACCACGGUGACGAUCAUAUCUUCAAUUUAAAUUUUCUUACUCUUUCUGAAUGCAUAGAGGAUUGAUUUCAUAAGGAAAUUUCCCUCAGCUCACUGCAACACAUCAUAGCCAGUUUUAGAACCCGUUUCGUGCAGGUCUGUGCUUAUUAAGGGAGGUACUUAUUGCAGCAAAAAGUUGUAACCUAAUUUAUCGGAGUCAGAAAUUGUAAAAUCUUUAAAAACUUAUUGAGCUAUGGUGAUUUACUCGACGGUCUUUUGGUGUCUUUUUCUACACAGAAGGAGAUGCUGAUGUCGAGUGGCAAGAGGCCUGGAUUGAAAAGAAGAAAGGUUGGUAUCCUUAGUGUAGUUGUACAAUGGACUUUGUACGCAUUUGUAUCCUUUCCUCCGACUUAAAAUUUAAAAUGACAAGGAAUUUAUUUGUCAGAGAAUUCUAAUUUUAACGCCACAGACUAAAGUUUGCAACAUCUUUAAAUACAUAACGGCUUUGUUAUUAACCACUUUCACAUUGCCCAUAAUACACCUUUCUUACCCGCCCCCUCCCCCCUCCAAAAAAUGAAGUUUGCAUACGACUUAUUGUUUUCAAUCUCUCCUGGGUAUUAGUGGUCCCAAGGGAAGAUAAAGGCAAUGCUUUUUGGGGGGGGAAGGGGUAAACAAAGUGCAUUAUGGGCAAUGUGAUAAUGGUGAAUUCUGGUGUAACCUGUCAAGAAGCUCAGCGCGGAGGGCAGUUGCUUACGACGACUGUCGUUCAGUGAAACUCUUUCUUUUAACACCAGCCAUUUUCAAUUACGUCUAACGUUAACUUAUUCGUGGCACACACUUCUCAUUUUAUAUUUAUUUGACUGUUUGAUUCUUAGACCAACUCAAAGAAGCUGAUAAUGGCGUUAUAGGACCUGUGCCACUGGUACAAGAUGCAGGAAAUCAGGAUAUCAGAGAGUAAGGGCUAUUUAAAUUUAAAAUUAACGCGAUUUAGAGAGAGUGACUCUCGGCCGUUUGGAUCAUCAUACAAUGUACGUAUCUGGGGAACUGCCCACCUACCCCUCCUUUAAGCCAACUUGUUGCCCUAAGUGAGAAGUAAGUGUUAAUGUUGGCUUAGGGGAGGGGUAGGUGGGCAGUUUCCCAGAAGUGUAUAAUGAUCCAUAUCGGAUCAUUAUACGUGUAUCUUCGGUCACUUUUAACGUAUCGCCUUUAAACUUGGGAAGUUUCCUAAUUUUAAGGUGCUAUUUCCAGCAGUGUCAAUGGAUAUUCGCCAAAUAGUCUUAAACAAAACUCGAAAAAACCGUGGAAGGAUCUAUUAGUUGGGGACACUUGGAAGGGGUAAAGGUGUAUCAGAAUGCGCUUCACAAAAUCGCGUAAUUUCAAAGCCGUUUUUAUGGUGGGGGGCACGAAAUUGUCCUCGUCCCCCCUCCCCCACCGUACAACGUCUGUAGAAUUCGCCGACUUUCUGGAGCUUUGUGGAGUCAGUUUUCAACAACAAAUUACGUUCAAACUUGGCACCUGUACUAAUUCUGAGGCGUUCUGUUUAGCCGUGCUGGCGGAUUUUCGCUAACUAGUCCCAGUAAAAAAAAUCCGUGGAAGAGUCUAUUCGAGACACUGUCCAGAUCAAAUUAGAAUUUGGACGUAUUAGUUUUGUGGGGAAACCGUCUGAGGGGAGAACAAGCAACAAACUCAACCGUCACCUGACGUCGACGUUGGGACUCGGUUGGAGGGGGAAUGCUUUCAGGAUUGCACAAUCCCCUAACCCUACAGAAUGAGCUGACAGUGUUGUUUUGCUUUUCGCUUAACUUGUUCCUUUGUUAACAGCUUUGGUGGUGCGCUGUUGCCCGGUGAAGGUGAAGCUAUGGCCCAGUAUGUCAAGGAGGGUAAAAGAAUUCCUCGUCGUGGUGAAAUUGGCCUCACCAGUGAUGAAAUCGCCACUUUUGAAUCUUCUGGCUUCGUAAUGAGCGGAAGCAGGUAUGAAUCCUUGUUUUGCGUGAGGCAUAUAAGACCUUUACAAUAAUACGUUUCCGUUUAAAACCCAACAUUUUCUCUGUAUUUGGCGUUGCGCCCUCAGUAAAACAAUAACAAACGGAAGUUUUCGAAAACGCCUGAAAUUUUCGGGGUUUUUUAUUACUUUACUGUGGACGGGUGAAAAGGAAGGUUCUCGAAAACGCCGACAUUAAAACUACUCAUAUUCUAUAUGUUAAUUUUAACAAGGGAACAGACGAGAGUGAAACGUUUCGGACGAAAAGAAGCUCAAUAUUUGGAAAAAAUGAACAGAUAGUACAUUAACUGGUAUUUUUUACAUUCUUGCCCAAGUUCUACUUUCUGGAAAAUGAGAGUCUAGCAAAAAAAAGUAACAAACGCCUUGGACUUUAGUCUGCGAAGUACACAUGUCGGGGCCAACGAAAACGUACCGUCAGAUGUGCGUUUUUGAUGGCUCGUUGUGUACGGAGACGGUUUUUAAGCAUUAGAGAGUGUUAGCAUUGACAACGAGUACGAGUACGAGAACGAGUCCAUCUCGUACUCGUACUCGUUGUCGUUCUUGUAAAAAAUGUGUAAGCAGGACAUACGAGUACGACUUCACGAAAAAAAAUAUUUUGGGAUAGUAUUGUCAUUUUAGGCGCCAUUUUCAAAUGAUUCGGCAUCUACUCCUGAGGCUUUCUUUUCUUCUUGAUCUUUCUUCUCAAAUUCCUCCAUAAGCUUGUUAAAUCUAUCCCUACACGAUCGAUCUGUUGUCUUGAAAUCGUGCUGCGUGUUGGUAUUCAGGUUCUCUGCAAUUACUCUCCACACUCUCCCUCUAUCUGACUGUUUCUGAUUGUAGGGUUCUAGAUGUAAGACUUCACGUAAAAGACAGGAAUCAUGCUGACGCUUCCAUAUAAAAAGUUUUCUUUUCCUGAAACAUAAACAGACAGGGCAUAAAAACUUUGAAAUGUGAGACCGUAAUUCUUAGGUUUAUGUAAACAAUGCGACCUCUUGAUGUGACAAACUUGGUUCGUACGGACUAUGCUCUGUAAGAAAUAAAAUGAUGUGAAUGAAAAAUAAUUAAAGAAACAGUAAUACUUACGUCUCUGGUUGAUUCGUCUUGAAAGAAGCUGUAAAAAAAACGAAAAAGGUUAAGUUUAUGAGCACGCUAGACGGAGACCAUGAGAGCUUCCCAUGUCUAAAAUUUUGACACGAUGUUGACAGAAAGGAAGGAGGAUUAAUGUGCUAUUCAGAACAAAAAAAUGCCCCAAAAUACCAUCCCAGGCCUUCGAUGAAGAGUUUAAGUGCUUAUGGGACACACCUAUGGCAGAGAUAACCCGCUACAAAAGAUAAACUUUACCUUUCAAAAACUCGUUCUUCGCACUUCGAGUUUUGGAGGAAAUCUCGUCGUGGAACGAGUUGCCAGAACGAGUUGAGCACGUGUUCUGAGCAGAACGCAUGCGCAUUAUAGUCAAUGGUAAAAUCUCGUUCUCGUAGUCGUACUCGUUGUCAAUGCUAACACUCUCUAUUAUGACGAUCGUGGCAACGGAAAAGUCAGAUUUUGCUUGGAAAUAAUCGUGUCCAUGGAUUAUUUUGGCCAUGUAAAUUGAGGUUAAAACUCGGCCACAAUUUUAAUUUCUUAAUUAUGUAAUGUUUUAAGACAAGUUUUUUCGAUUAUCAUCAUUAUUGUCAUUUUGUAUAAAUAUAUGUAUGUAUUUAUUUUAUUUUCUAUUCUCUCUUAAGACAUCGUCGUAUGGAAGCCGUCCGUCUGAGAAAAGAAAACCAGAUUUAUAGCGCUGAUGAGAAGUAAGUUAUUUUGUGUCUAUUUACCCUUUUAAAAACUUUGUUUGUCGCAUACAGGUAUAUACGACGUGUAGUUAAGCAUCACUUCAGACGAUGCAUUUAUGAGUUUACAGUUGUACUUGUAGUCCAGGUAAAACCCCAAAAGAAGGCCAAUUACGUGAAAGCUACUACGGUGGUGUACAGUUAUUUGAUAAUGUACAGGUGGUUCUAACUUUUGUAUCUGUGUACGAAAUACUUGAGUGUGACCAUUCAAAUAAAAGCUACUGAUCAUUACCUUCCUUUGUUGCUUUUUAUCAUGCUGUACAUGGUGGUUCUCACUUUUCCAAAUUUUGGAGUCUGUGGAUGAAAUCCUGUGGUGUCCAUUCACAUAAAUGCUACUGAGUAGUACUUACCUGUGGUGCUGUGUUUUAUGCAUCCUCGGAGACCCAGGGGCAGAUAGUGGGGGCGAGGGAAAGCCUAAACGGGCGGAAAAAUAUCGCACGAAGAAAAGUAAAGAACGGCGAGAAGAGCCCCUGGGGAUAAUCUCUUACUAGACCAGUUCCAAACGGUCGCCGCCGUUCUGCCUUCUGAUAAGGCAGAAAAACACAAACGUUUUCUGGUACCAAUCAGAAGCCAGAACGGCGGCGACCGUUCGGAACUGGUCUGGUAAGACAUUGUCCCCAGGGGCUCUUCUCGCCGUUUUUACUUUUCUUCGUGCGAUAUUUUUCCGCCCGUUUAGACUUUCCUUCGCCCCCACUAUCUGCCCCUGGGUCUCCGAGGAUGUUUUUUAUGCUGCACACGGAAGUUCUAACUUUUCAAGUCUCUGGACGAUAUACUAAAGUGUGACCAUUCUGAAAGCUACCUAGCAGUACUUGCUGGUGUUUCCAUUUUUAUCAAGCUUUGAAUGCAAAAUGGUAGGGAACAUUGAUUUCUCAUUUCCCUAUCUUUUCUCUUAGACGAGCAUUGGCCAUGUUUAAUUACGAAGAAAGAUCAAAGAGAGAGAACAAGAUAUUAUCCGACUUCCGAGAGAUGAUUCACCAAAAAAUCAACAACAAGAAAUGAACUGUAAACCAUAAUUUUCCAUUCGUACAUCUUCUGUCAUCUGCCAUCCUGCAUAUUGA